UAUUUUUAGCAAAAAUGAAGUAUGAUAGUUUCUUUGCCAGAAGUUUUAGUAAACAUGAGCAAAAGAAAUUAGGAAUUGGAGCAUUUGUUAGUUGUUUCAUCUUAGCAGCCACAUUUUGUUUUCUCUUCAAGCCUGAAAUUCGUCAUUUUCGAGUUGUGAAUGUUAAGGUUUCUCUUCGUGGUAGCCCGAAAAUUCUAGCAAUAACAGAGGAAGUCACCAAGCCAAAAAAACCAUAUUUCGAAAUUGAACAAGAGAAACAAAUUUGUAAUGUGUUACAUCCAAGAGCUGAUCUCUGUGAGAUGAAAGGUGACAUAAGAAUACAUGGAAAUUCAUCAACAAUAUUUUUUGUAUCAAUUGAUGAAGAAAAAAACAACUCAUGGAACAUAAGACCAUAUGCAAGAAAAGGUGAUGAUAGAGCAAUGGACAGUGUUACAAAUUUAAUAGUCAAAAAAGUUCAUAUUUCUCAACAAAUCCCAAUUUGCACUAGAAACUACACUGUCCCUGCAGUUGUUUUUUCAACUAAAGGGUAUGCUGGAAAUCACUUCCAUGAUUUCAGUGAUGUGUUGAUUCCAUUAUUUCAAACAUCGCGACGUUUCAAUGGUGAAGUUCAGUUUCUGAUUACUAACAAAAUGCCUUGGUGGAUCAAGAAGUUCAAACCAGUGUUACAAAGAUUGUCAAAAUAUGAGGCUAUUGAUAUUGACAAGGAAAAAGAUGUCCUUUGUUUCCCAAGUAUGACAAUUGGCUUAAAAGCCAAUAAAGAAUUCAGCAUCAACACUUCAGAAUCUUCUUAUACUAUGUUAGACUUCACAAAGUUCUUGAAAAGUACAUACUCCUUGAAGAGGAAAUUCGCGGUGAGAUUGAAAAAGAAUGCUGAUGAUGAUCAAAGGAGGAAAAAUAAGCCUAGACUUCUUAUCAUUUCAAGAAGCAGAACGAGACGUUUUACAAACAUAGAAGCAAUUGUUACAUUGGCUAAAAGUUUGGGGUUCAAAGUAGGUGUGGAAGAAACAAGGGAAAAUUUGGUUCAAGUUGCGAAAAAAGUGAACUCAUUUGAUGUACUAAUGGGAGUUCAUGGUGCUGGAUUGACAAAUAUGGUUUUUUUGCCAGAAAAUGCAAGUGUUAUACAAAUUGUGGGAUUGGGAAUGGAAUGGGUAUCUAAAGAAGAUUUUGAAAUUCCAGCUAUGGAUAUGAAUUUGAAGUAUUUGGGUUAUAAGAUUAGUGUAAAUGAGAGUUCUUUAAUUCAACAAUAUCCACUUGAACAUCAUGUCUUAAAGGAUCCUCCUGGUAAUAUGAUUUCUCCUAAAGGAUGGGCUUCAUAUAGGAAAGUUUAUUUAGAUGAACAAGAUGUAAAAAUUGAUGUAAAUAGAUUUAGAGGAACUCUAUUGAAAGCAUUAGAGCUUUUGAGGAGUUGA